AUGUUAGAGAAUGAAUCAUUGCAUAGAGAUGUGGUUGAAACUAUACAAGAGAUCUUGAAUCGACAUAAUCCAUUUGUGCGGACACUUCAUCACCUAGUACAACGCGAAGAUUUGGAAACUUGCAGACUCAUCAUUAGAGAGCAACCUGCAAACCAACGUCAGUAUAGUUUGUCUUCAAAGUCUCAAGUUGCUGCAGUAAUAGUGGGUGCAGAUGAUGCAGAAAAUCUAAAAGGUCGUGAUAUUGUGGUACAGACAAGGCAGGGUCAACUUUUAAAUGUCCAAGAUUGUGCGGGCUACUAUGAUCCUUUACAGUAUCCGUUGCUUUUACCAUAUGGCACCUAUGGAUGGGAUGUGAAUAGUCGGAAUAAUGAUGGUAAAAAAUUGACGUGUCGUGACUAUUACGCAUAUAUUUUGCAGAUUCGUCCACAUGAUGAAUCAAUUUUACUUCGAGGAGGCCGCCUGUUGCAACAAUAUGUUGUCGAUAAUUAUGUGAAAAUUGAAACACAAAAGCUGAGAUGGAUUCGUAAUAAUCAAGAUACCCUGCGACGUGAAUUUUAUAAUGGACUCCAAGACUCACUAAAUGCUGGUGAGAACAAUGCAGAAGGAGAGAAGUUCUACUUACGUGUUCUUCUGAACCAUGUUAGAGGACCUACAUCAUACGAGGAUUUAAGGACAGUAGAUGACAUCUUGCAACCAACAUUUAAGAAAGCAGUUGAACAACGAGGUCUAUUAGAAGACGAUGACAGUAUUCGACAAUGUUUACAUGAGGCUUCAAGCAUACGUAUGCCUUCAUCUUUAAGGAGAUUAUUUAUCACUAUCUCAGUUUAUUGUGAGCCUCAUGGGGUACGAAGUUUAUGGGAUGAAUUUUAUCAAUUUAUGAUAGAAGAUUAUGCUUCUUCAAGCACCGCAGUCAGUGCACGUAUCACAAACAGACUUUUACGAGACUUAAAUGGAUUGCUGGUUCAACAUAGUAAAUCUGUUUGUGAUUAUGAUUUUCCAGAAAUGAUUGAAGAUUAUGGUGAAGAGUCGUCAAUGCCUAGGCUAAUACAAGAUGAAGUUUCAAUUAUUAUUCCUCAAGAAGACCGCGAUGCAGUUCAUCACUUGAAUGAGGAUCAGACAUUUGCAUACAACACAAUAAUAUCAGCUAUUGAGUGCAAAGACAAUGCCAUAUUGUUUGUCGAUGGUCCAGGAGGGACUGGAAAAACAUACUUAUAUCGUGCACUUUUAGCAACCUUGAGAAGUAAUGAUCAUAUUGUACUUGCAACAACAACUUCUGGAAUAGCAGCAACAAUAAUGCCUGGUGGGAGAACGGCACACUCCAAGUUUAAAAUUCCACUCAAUCUUAAUGCAUCUUCUACAUGCUCCAUUAGUAAACAAUCUAAUUUAGCAGAGUUGAUACGAAGAUCAUCAGCGAUUAUUUGUGAUGAGGCACCAAUGAUGCAUAGAUUUGCAUUUGAAACUCUUGAUCGAACUUUAAAAGACAUAACAGGUGUUGAUUUGCCAUUUGGAGGCAAAGUGAUUCUUUUUUGGGGGGAUUUCAGACAAGUUCUGCCCGUUGUCCAUAAAGGUACAAGGUCCGAGAUGGUCCAAGCCAGUCUGGUUAAUGCAUCAUUUUGGAAAGAUGUGACGAUUCUUCAUUUGCGACAAAAUAUGAGAUCCAUCAAUGAUCCAAAGUUCUCGGAGUUUUUACUUAAUGUUGGUAAUGGAGAACAACCAUCUGUGAUUGAAGACAUGAUACAAUUACCGUCAUGUAUGGUCAUACCAUGGGAGGGUGAAGAGUCAAUCAACCAAUUAGUUAAUGAAGUUUUUCCUAAUUUGGAAUCUCAUGUAAAUGAUGCAGCGUACAUGGUUGAAAGGGCAAUAAUCACUCCGAAGAAUGAUGAUGUUGACGUACUUAAUGAGAUUGUUUGGCUCCAACGUUGUUGCAAAAAUGUUAACAUUGAGGAUGACACCAGAAAUAUGUACCAACAAGAAUUCUUAAAUUCCAUUUCACCUUCUGGUAUGCCCCCACAUCAGUUAACUAUAAAAAAAGGUGCUCCCAUUAUGCUUUUGAGAAACAUUGACCCUAAGAUGGGGUUGUGCAAUGGUACACGAUUGACUUGCCGUGGAUCUGAACUAAAGUUGAGUUUUACCCUUACUAUCAACAAAUCACAAGGACAGACAAUACCAAAUGUGGGUAUUUACCUUCCUGAUCAUGUGUUCAGUCAUGGACAAUUAUACGUAGCUUUAUCAAGAGGGGUUUCAGAGGCUACCACCAAAGUUUUGGUCAAGAAAGGCUCAUUCGAGGGCGAAGAAGGGGUGUUCACAAUAAAUGUUGUGUAUAAAGAGAUUUUACUUCCUUCCGGUUAA